AUGCUACCACCGUCGGAUUCCCUUGCCCAUCAAAAUCUCAAGCUGGCCGAAGUCCUCGCUAGUAUUCAAAAGCAGACUGCUGCUGCUGCUGCCGCUGCUACUGCUCCUCCGCCACCAUACGCUGCCACUGCAACUACUGCUACACCCGUGCCCAGCAACAACAUCACUGCACCCGAGCUGCUAGGGGAAUUUGAAGAUGACGAGGAAGACGAUAACUCGUCUUUGGCCCCCAUUGUCAUCAGGAUUGAUACCUCCAUCUCCAUCGACGGGCAGAAUAACACCGUCACUAUCCCUUCAUCUUCCGAAGACAGUCACUCAGAUGCUCAGAGCCCAGUCUCCUCAAUACAACAGCUACAGCAACUGCAGCAGCGUCGACAGGCCAAGUCGGCACAGCUGGCGUCGGCUAUCAUCUCAGCUUUGAAAUCCGCCGGUGCCCUGGAUGACCGGGAGACGGGCAGACAGCGGCCGAUUGAAGUUGACGUCAAUGCCGGCAUUAGAAUUACGGGGAAUUCAAACAUGAUUUGUCCUGGCGCUCGUAAGAGGAGUGCAUCGGACCUGGUUUCGGGAAAGCCGGACAGGAAGCGUCGGGCACAAUCUCAAGGAGUCAGCUGGUCCCUGAAUUGUCUCGUUUUCUUUUUCUUUUUUUUUCUUCGCUCCUUUUUUAUAUCAAUGGAGCAGUCUGAUCCGACCAUGGCUUCAGUCUACGUCUACAUCCAAGUAAGCCCAAACGAAGCCAUUGUCAAUACGGACCAGAUUUGGUGUCAUGAUAAUUGA